AGCCUUACAUUCAAAAGUCAUUGUUUCACUCGACACAAACAUUGAUGUUACACUAAAGGACGAUGUGGUCUUCGCUGCAGACCUCUGAAUGGUGAAAGGAAAAAGGAAAAAUCAACAAAAUAACCAAAAACGUAUGGUCUUCAUGGGACACAUUGAUCUGCGAAGCCUCGGGUAUUGUGAAAUAAGUCACUCCAGUUAACAUCGAAAUACCUCAUGUAAAACAUGUUUAAGCAAAGGCCCUGCUGCAGUUACUAGAAUAUUUUCGUAAACAAGCCCAGACAUUGAGGCCCCUGACAACAUUAGCCUACUACUGAGCACCAUAAAAUGUUAUGUCUUUGAAUAUUGUGUAGUUUACUUUUAAACAUUGCUAAUGGUCAAUGUCAGGGUUUAUAUCCACAGUGACAAUCUGUUAAAUCACUGGUAUUAAAAUGUAAAAUAUUGUAUUUAUUUAUUUAAAAUAGGGACAGUGCACAUUAAUGAACAUGUGAAUAUGCCAGAUUAUAACCAUCAUUUCCAUCUGUGGUCCCUUGGCAGGUUGGUGGUAAACAGGUAAAGAAAGUUACAUAAAACCACGAUGGCAAGCAAAACCAAUACAACAAGUAAUGACAAAACAACAACAUAUUGUAGCCUACAUUAGUUAACAGAGACACAUAUAUACCAGUAUGUAGCCUACUUAGGUAAAGUAGUAGGCUAGUAGCCUAGAGUUAGGCUAAGCCUAAUCAUUUUAGAAUAAGGCAAAGUUGCCUGAUUAGCCUAGAAACUAAAAUAAAUGUUGGUGAAAUGAACUAAUCUAUACUGUUGUACAGUGAAAAUAUAACAGUCUCCUCAAAUAUAAUGACCAUUAGUAUUCAGUACCUCUAAAAUCCUGGUUUCAGCCCUGUUAGCCAACCAGGAACACAUUGGCUACUAUUUGAGCAGUUAGCAACAGGUCAACAAACCAAACCCAAAAUGACUGUAUAACAUGUGCUUAAAACAUUAACUGAAGGGAUUAUUAGUUUAGCACAUGUCCUUUGCUCCUUCACUGCUACUAGAACGUUAGGUGCUGCUUGGUUCAUGGUGACCUGUGUCACUCCAUAAACAGGUCUGUGACACAAAGUCCUGUCUUGGUCCUGAAUGGGUGUAAAAGAAUCAAAACCUGAUCAAUUUAAGCAACAAAAAAAAAUGUUCACAGAAGAUGAAGCUUGCCUCUUUAAAUCUCUUGGUCCUCGGUCUGCCAUUGGAUUAACCAGAGAGCAGUACUUGGGAAUAAUACAAUGGUCCAUUCUCAUUCAGCAUAAUCCUUGUAGGUAUUGCAAGCAGUUUCAUAUGACUCCGCAGCAAAAAGGCUACUACAAGCACCUCUCUGAAGAAGUGUUACGACAAGAGAUUAAAAAAAUACAAAUGUCUACUUCCCCACCAACCUCUUGCGAUUGGAUGCUCCUGGUUGAACAGAAGAAUAUAAAUGUCCGCGUUACAACCAUGGACGCUGAGCUGGAGUUUGCCAUCCUGCCCAGCACAACUGGCAAACAGCUGUUUGACCAGAUAGUGAAGACUAUCGGGCUGAGGGAAACCUGGUUCUUUGGCCUCCAGUAUCAGGAUAGCAAAGGCUUCUCCACAUGGCUCAAGCUAAAUAAGCGGGUGACAGCUCAAGAUGUAAAGAGGGACAACCCGUUGCUGAUUAAGUUCAGGGCAAAGUUUUACCCCGAGGAUGUCGCAGAUGAGCUGAUACAGGAGGCAACACAGCGCCUCUUUUUUCUACAGGUUAAGGAGAGUAUCUUAAACGAUGACAUUUACUGCCCCCCUGAGACUGCAGUGCUCUUGGCCUCGUAUGCGGUUCAGGUCAAACAUGGAGACUACAGGAAAGACUAUCACGUUCCGGGGUACCUUGCAAGAGAAAAGCUGCUGCCACAAAGGGUUUUGGAGCAGCACAAGCUGAAUAAGAAUCAGUGGGAGGAAAGAAUCCAGGUGUGGCAUCAGGAGCAUAAGGGACUUCUAAGAGAAGAUGCCAUGGUGGAGUAUCUGAAGAUAGCCCAGGAUCUGGAAAUGUAUGGAGUCAACUACUUCAACAUCAAGAACAAGAAAGGAUCCGAGCUGUGGCUGGGAGUGGACGCGCUGGGGCUCAACAUCUAUGACAAAAAGGACAAGAUGACCCCAAAGAUUGGCUUCCCCUGGAGUGAGAUCAGAAAUAUUUCCUUCAACGAUAAGAAGUUCCUGAUCAAACCGAUUGACAGGAAAGCGCCGGACUUUGUUUUUUACGUGCCUCGUCUCCGCAUCAACAAACGCAUCCUGUCCUUGUGUAUGGGGAAUCAUGACCUGUACAUGCGUAGACGUAAACCCGACACCAUCGAGGUGCAGCAGAUGAAGGCCCAAGCCAGAGAGGAGAAGAACAAGAGGCAGAAGGAGAGGGCUCUGCUCGAGAGUGAGAAAAAAAAGCGAGAAAAUGCUGAGAAGGAAACAGAGAAGAUUGCUCGUGAGACCAUGGAGCUGAUGGAGCGAUUGAGACAGAUUGAAGAGCAGACAAAAAGAGCUCAAGAUGAGCUGGAGGAGCAGACUCGCAGAGCUCUUGAGUUAGAGAAAGAGAGGAAAAUAGCUCAGGAGGAGGCUGAGCGUCUGGACAAGGAACGCAGAGGUGCAAUGGAAGCUAAAGCAGCCCUGCUACAUCAAUCUGAGUCCCAAAUCAGGAGCCAGGAGAGCCUGGCCACUGAGCUGGCAGAGCUUACCUCUAAGAUCUCCCUGCUGGAAGACGCCAGGAAGAUAAAGGACGACGAGGCAAAGAGAUGGCAGAAAAGGGCGAUCGUGGUAGAAGCUGAUUUGAGGCGAACCAAAGAUGUGCUGAAGACUAAACUCAUGGGUGUCCACAUCCAGGAUUCAGCGCACUCUCAUAUGCACGAGCACGAUGAGACGGACGAGAGCAGCGCGGAGGCGAGCGCUGAGCUGACCUCUCCCGGCACGGUCCGAGAUCGCAGCGAGGAGAAAAGGAUAACAGAGGCUGCGAAGAACCAGAGACUGCAAAAUAACCUGAAGUUCCUGAGCAGUGAGCUGGCUGGAGCUAUAGACGAGACCAAAAGGACCCUCAAUGACCUGAUCCACGCCGAGAAUGUGAAGGCGGGCCGUGACAAGUACAAGACCCUGCGUCUGAUUCGUCAGGGCAACACCAAACAACGCAUUGAUGAAUUUGAGUCCAUGUGAGAGAAUCUUCUGGAGGCACAGACAGCAGGAGAUGGAUAGAUCAUUGAAAGAUUGCAGAAGUGUAGGUGAAGAUUACUACAUAGGUAGAAUAUUAACUCGGUGUUAACAGGUUUAAUAUGAAAGCAGAUGAUUCUGUAACUGGGCUUUGAUGCCUUAAAUUCCAAGAUUUUAAUUUUAGUGCCAUUUAAUCUGGAAACAUGUCAAAGCAGAAAUGACAACUGCCCUUAAAAUAAAACGUUAUCUAUUUAAUUUGAAAAAAAAAAAUGCAUUUAUUGUUUGCUUCAAUGUUGUGGAGAAAUAUCACAGAUGCUAUCAUUUAUGAAAGCUCCUCAGACACAUCUGCAGUCUCAAAAAAUACAAACUGAUGAAACCAUUUAUAUUAUUGAUUGAUGACUAUUUUCAGUGUUCCAGGUAAAUGGUCCAUCAUCUGUUCACUUAAAUUAACACACAGAACUUGCUGCAGGGUGUUGUGUGUGUGUGUGUGUGUGUGUGUGUGUGUGUGUGUGUGUGUGUGUGUGUGUGUGUGUGUGUGUGUGUGUGUGUGUGCGUCAGUGCACAUGCAAAUUAGAAUAACUUCAUCAGGAAACGUUUUGCAAGGACCUGUAAUAAACACACAUGAAAGGAAAAUAAAAAAAAUAGCAACUCCCUCCACUGUACCUUAACCAUAUCUCUGCCUUUACUUUUGCCAAAAGCAGGGUUUCCAUGUAAGCACACAGCAACCAAGGCUGCCCGGAAAUUAACAUUUUUCUGUUAUUCAUUCUAUGAAAUUGAUUUGUUUUAAUUGUGUUUCUCUAGCUGCCCAAAUAUUCACAAUUAUUUUGUUGUGCUGUCUUAAAAUACACAGAAGAAAAUAAAGUUUGACUUAUAGAGCCUUCA